CAGCCUAUGCACAGAGGUUCAGUACGAAGGGUCGCCCAUUUAAGCAUCAGCAGCUAGUAAGUUAUACUUACCAUUUUCUGUUCUUUAUAUUCAUUUUAUAAUCUGCGUAUGGGUAUUUUGUCCGCAUAUAUGUCUGUGUAGCAUGUGCAAGAGGUGCCUGUAGAAGUCAGAAAAAGGCAUCCUACCUCCUGGACCCAGAGUUACAGGUGGAUGCUGGGAAUCAAACCAAGAUACUAUGGAAGGGCAACCAGUGCUCUGAACUACUGAGCCAUCUCUUCAGCCCGUGUGUGUGUGUGUGUGUGUGUGUGUGUGUGUGUGUGUGUGUGUGUGUGUGUGUGUGUAUUAAAGAUAGGUUAGUACUAUACUUCAGGCUGGACCAGAACUCACAUCGAGGCCCAGGCUGGUCUCACUCCUGAAGAACUUCAGCUUGAGCCUCCCUCCGAGUUCCAGGAUCACAGGUGUGAGCCACCACACACAUCCCACAAACAUCUGGACGACUCUCAGAAGGCUUAACGAGGAGCAGACUCCAGUUGAGGUGGAACACCUGAGAGUCUGCUUUGCAGCCGAUAGAAAACGCCAUUGUUGGCUCUGAAAUCAUGAUCUCCUGUGGCCAAGCCAAACACGCCAGCCAUUCAAAACCAUGGAAGGUUUGGCUCCCAGACUUCCUAGAGCUGUUUUUAAACCGUCUGCUCUGGCUCCUCCCUGGGCUUCUGCGUUCUGGCCUGUGGGAUCUGUGUUUUAGACAGGCCCACCUCAUAUCAGAUCCAAAGCUUUCUCCAUCCGGGAUUUCACUGCCUGCACAGGAAGUUUUUGAGUGACUUUCUCAGGCCAAGCUCUUUGCUGAAUUUGCAGGGUAUGGCAAGGAUUUCAAAAGAGUUUACAGUUACAUAUUGAAGGAGUGGGAGAAGCCUGCACUUGUAGUCCCCACAUUGGGGGAGGCUGAGGCAGCCUGGGCUACAGAGUGAAACCAUAGCUCAACAACUGGGGUGGGGCACAGAAAGAGAAUUUCACAUUACUGUAGAAGGGAGACAAAUAACUGUGCACACAUUCGCCAUGGCAAAAUGCCGCGAAGACAGGGAGCUGUGAAGAAGAAGAAUAUUCCCAGAGAGCUUGGGACAUCUGGAGACCAUGAAUUUGACUACCAUAAUGUAUAGAACACGAUCUGUAUUACCCGGAAGCCUAGCUUUGGGCAGGCAGUUAGAGUACAGAAUCUUCAGGAAAAAAGUGUUCUAGGAGCAACAUGUCUGCCUAAUCAUUGCCUUUCAAGAGAACAUCAAAAAAGGGGAAGACCGAAAGACCAAAGGACUGAGCAUGCGCAGUGUCGUAGGGCCCUAACUGGACAAGCAAAGGAGUCUUCGCUUUUGUAAACCACCAAUAGGGAUACCUUUGUGGCGAUCAUUUGAACGUAACUCAGAACAGUUCUCAAGACACGAAUGAUAUCCUUUUCGCAGUUUUUUCUUUCUUUUUUUUUUUUUUCGGAGCUGGGGACCAAACCCAGGGCCUUGCUCUUCCUAGGCAAGCGCUCUACCACUGAACUAAAUCCCCAACCCAUGAUAUCCUUUUCAUCUUUACUCGUUUUUAAAGCAGGGUCUCGUGUAGCUGAGGCUGGUCUAGAACUCACUGAUGCUUCUGUAUCUCCCCAAAUCUUCAAAUACAGAUGGAUACCACUGUAUCCAUCUUGUUUCUAAAAAAUUUUAAAGGAUUUAUUCUUAUGUAUAAGGGUAUUUUUGCCUGCACGUGUCUGGGGCCCACAUGCAUGCAGUGCCGGCUGUGUCCACAAGAAGCCUUGAACCCUCUCGGAACAAGAAUUACAAGCUCUUGAGUAGCCGCGUGGAUGCUCAGACCUGGGUCCUCUCCAAGGGCAGCCAUCCCUCCAGCAGACACUUCCAGCUACAUAUUCUUGAGGAAAGGGUCAUUUCCUGGUGUGGUUCUUUCAUUCUAAGCCCACAGGACUGUAUGGAGUAUGCAAAUACUAUGUGUACUGUGCUGCAGACAGGCAGUUUGGUAUGUAGUUUUGAUCUACCUGUACUGAUUGUGGCAAGGUACAUAUUUGCAGACAUGCUGUAUGUAUGGUGGGGUACAGUGUGUUAAGGCACACAUAUUGAGGUGUUUGCUGAGGGCGUAAUGACCGCAGCUGUGGUGCGUAGUGUGUUGGAGUGGUGUGCUGAGAAACACAUAUCAUGUGCUCGCCUGGGUACAAAACUGUAUUGCGGGGCACAUCAGGUCCAAGCAGCAGACACAAAGAUGUACACCAUGACCAGUUUACCCAUAAGGAAAAGUGGCGAGAUCUGUGCUAAAAAGGGGAUGGGCCUGGGGGUUCGGGCCUCCCUUCCUCUCCUCCGCUGCAGCCUUGCCCAAAAGCCUAAGCACUUCCAGAUUCCAGGCAAUGAAGCCGCUUCCGGGACUGGGCGGAGCCCCGUGAGGCACGGGCGUGGCUUCUGCUCGUCGGGCGGGGCUUGGCCUUCGUGGGCGUGGCCCGGCCUGCAGGAUUUUGCCUUACGCCUGUUCGCUGGAUCUGUCCCCAAUAUGCUGAGGGCGCUCCGGCCUGGGCCGGGCGCUCCGCUGCUCCGGGCCGCGCUUGUUCUCGGGCGGCGCGGGCGGGCAUGGCAACGGCCACAAGGCCAGGACACCGGUGUGCAGGUGCAUAACAGCCUCACAGGCAAGAAGGAGCCGCUGAUCGUGGGCCGCUCGGACGCAGUCUCCUGGUAUAGCUGUGGACCGACUGUGUACGACCAUGCGCACCUUGGCCAUGCUUGCUCAUAUGUCAGAUUUGACAUCAUCCGAAGGAUCCUGACCAGUGUGUUUGGAUGCAAUGUUGUCAUGGCGAUGAGCAUUACCGAUGUGGAUGAUAAAAUAAUCAAGAGAGCUAACGAGAUGAACGUGUCGCCCGCUUCUCUUGCCAGCCUUUUUGAGGAAGAAUUUAAACAAGACAUGGCAGCCCUGAAGGUCCUGCCGCCAACCGUGUACUUGAGAGUCACCGAGAACAUCCCUCAGAUCAUCUCUUUCAUCCAAGGCAUCAUUGCCCAUGGCCAUGCUUACGCGACAGCCACAGGUAGCGUCUACUUUGAUUUGCGAGCACGAGGGGACAAGUAUGGCAAGCUGGUCAACACGGUUCCCAGUGCGACUGCAGAGCCAGCAGUUGACUCUGACAAGAGGCACAGCAGCGACUUUGCCCUGUGGAAGGGAGCCAAACCCCAGGAGGUGUUCUGGGCCUCACCGUGGGGAGACGGCCGGCCCGGAUGGCACAUCGAGUGUUCUGCCAUGGCCAGCGAGGUGUUCGGAAGCCAACUGGACAUCCACACCGGCGGCAUAGACUUGGCUUUCCCACAUCAUGAAAAUGAAAUCGCACAGAGUGAAGUCUUCCACCAGUGCCAGCAGUGGGGAAAUUACUUCCUACAUUCGGGUCAUUUGCAUGUGAAAGGCAAAGAAGAGAAGAUGUCCAAAUCCCUAAAAAACUACAUUACUAUUAAGGACUUCCUGCAGACCUUCUCUCCCGAUGUCUUCCGGCUUUUCUGCUUGCGCACCAACUAUCGGUCAGCCAUUGACUACAGUGACAGUACCCUGGAGGAAGCCAGGCACCUCCUGCUGGGGCUAGCCUCUUUUGUGGAGGAUGCACGAGCCUAUGUAAAGGGGCAGCUGAUCUGUGGCCCUGUUGGGGAAGAUGUGCUGUGGGAGAGGCUGGCUAGCACCAAGAAGGCCGUGAAGGCUGCACUAGCCAAUGACUUUGACACACCGAGGGCAGUGAACUCCAUCCUGGACCUUGUGCACCAUGCAAACAGACAGCUCAGGGCAGUCUCAAAGGAAGCUGGUGGCCCGAGAAGUCCCACUGUGUUUGGGGCCAUCGUUGCCUACGUUGAGCAGUUUUUCGAGACUGUUGGGAUUUCUCUGGCCAAGCGACAGUGUGUUUCAGGAGACAGCAGCACAGUAGCCCUGCACUGUGUGGUAGAUGAACUAGUGCGCUUCAGGCUUAAGGUCCGCCAGUAUGCACUGGCCACGCCUGGGGCCACCGGGGAGGCCCGGAAACAGCAGCUCCAGGAGAGGCAGCCCUUGCUGGAGGCAUGUGACGCACUCCGCCAGGACCUCAUGACCCACGGCAUCAAUGUUAAGGUGAGUGACACUGCAGGUACAGGGGCUGCCAAUGUCGCAGGCAGUAAAGGGGCGGACAGUGGCUGGUCAUCCAGUGUCUGAGACAGGCCCACUCAAGGCAGGGGUGGAGGGCUGAGGGGAAGAUGUGUAGCAGCAAGAGCUGCAAAACUCAACCCUCGUGGUCGAGGAGCUGGCCCUGUCAGGCAGUGUCACCCCCCUCUCCUCCGCCUCCUCUCUCUGCCUUUGCUCUCUGACCAUGAACAAGAGGAUGUGAUGCUAUCCAGAGCUUUCUCCUUCAGGACAGAGGCCAUGCAGCCUCCACAUGGGAACUGCUGGAUCCGAGGACAAAACACCAGAAGCCCGGGACUUGAGGAUGAGGCAGCUGCAGUCCACGUGCCUCCACGCAUGGCAUCUGCUUUCUUUGUGGUGAACUUUGUAUUAAAAACUUUAUAUUAAAGUUGCUAAUUGUGGCUGUUUAGCCACAGUAAAGUGA